AUGGCAAACUCUCAACCUGAUUCUCGCGCGAUUGUUGAUCAAUACGAUAAUCCGUAUUAUCUUGACAACUCCGAUCAUAUUGGAUUAGUUCUUGUGACUGAUCGUCUUGUUUCUGGUGCUGACUUUCAUGCUUGGCGUCGCUCGGUGCGUAUGGCUCUCAAUGUCAGGAAGAAAUUGGGAUUCAUUGACGGUACAAUUUUGAAACUCCCUGCUAAUCAUAGAGAUUCUGGUGCUUGGUCUAGGUGUAAUGACAUGGUAUCUACCUGGUUGAUGAACUCUGUUUCAAAGAAGAUAGGCCAAAGCUUGCUCUUUAUGUCUAGCGCUGAGAGUAUUUGGAAGAAUCUCAUGUUUCGAUUCAAGCAGGAUGAUGCGCCAAGGGUGUAUGAAAUAGAGCAACGUUUAAGCACGAUUCAGCAUGGUUCUAUGGAUAGAAACACUUACUACACUGAGCUUGUUAUACUUUGGGAAGAAUAUCAAAAUUAUGUAGAUCUUCCUGUAUGUACUUGCGGUAAAUGUGAGUGUAGUGCAACUCUAUCUUGGGAGAAAUUGCAGCAGAGAAGUCGUGUCACCAAGUUUUUGAUGGGUUUGAAUGAGGCAUAUGAAGCUACUCGUCGACAUAUUCUCAUGCUGAAGCAUAUUCCCUCUAUUGAAGAAGUGUUUAACAUGGUGACUCAAGAUAAAAGUCAGAAGAACAUUAAACCUGUUACCAGAGUUGAUAAUGUUGUCUUUCAAAAUUCUGCUACAGAUUAUGAGCUUCCUGCUUAUAUUGGACCUUUUGAGAAUGCGGCUUAUGCUGCUAUGAACAACAACAACUAUCGUUCUAAACCGCGUCCUAUUUGUACUCAUUGUGGAGUGGCUGGGCAUACUGUCCAAAAGUGGUUCAAGUUGCAUGGCUAUCCACCUGGACAUCGGUACUACAACAACAAUAACUCUCAGAAGAAUUCUCAAUCUGGAUCAUCUCAGCGGUCUGAUCAAAACAAGCCUGUUUAG